AUGAACGGCGGCAUCGUCUUUCUGAUCAUUCUGCUCCUGCUUGUCUCGGGCGCCUACUUUGGCUGGUACUUCUACGCCCGCUGGAAUGCCAACAAGAAUGGGCUGCCACCACCGUCCAUGAACCCCAUUGCAGCCUUCAAAGCCUCCCGUGGCGGCGAGUCCAACUACCCAGGCCCUGCGCCCGGCGGCAUCAAAGGCUUCAUCGACGCGCAGAUCCGCAAGUUCAAGAACAGGAACAACCGCUCGGCCGCUGGUGCCUACGAGGGCGACUUCACCGCGACAGGCGGCGCGCCACGAGGCCGCGGCGCUGGCAGUCGCCUGGAUCCAGACGAGGCUUGGUCAGCAAGAGUCGGCGACGAGGCAUACUAUGAGGAGCAGGAACUCGGUCUGCAUGAGCCCGCACGUGGCGCCAAUCCCUACGCGAGCACCAACUACGUGCCCCAGCCCCAGCCUCACGAAGAGCGCGGACGCAGCCGCACGCGCGACAGCUACGAUGAACACCUUGAUGCGAGAAGCGCGCGCAACGACCCCUUCGGCGACGACCAUGCGGCGAGUCUGCGUGGUGUAAGCCCGCGGCCGCUGAACUAUGGCGAGGAUACAAGCUACCAAGGUGGAGCCACGGCGCAGAUGCCCCAGAUACCGCAGAUCAAGACCCACAAGAAGUCGGGGAGUGUCAACAGUGCUGAAAACAGCCCCACAGAGAGCCGGAGGAGCGUGUUCAGAGAGGCGAUUUGA